AUGAAAACCACCGACGUCGGGAAAUCCUUCGUCGUGUGCCUGUGCGUGCUGGUAGCGAGCGGCUCGUGUUUCCAGAAGCAUAUCCAAGCACUGACGGCGAAAGUGAACAGACUGUUUGGCAAUGAACCAUGCGACUGCGUCAGUUCCAGUUCGUGGAAGCCCAACGACAACGACCCACAGCCGGCCGUGUCGCAGUGCAAUAAUUAUACCGGCAACAGAUAUAAUUUAUUCGGUGUCGACUGGAGAUCCAUGGGUUCCAGAAUUGCCAACAACUGGUGGAUAAUUGCUGUGUCUUCGGUUCUACCAUUCAUCGUCUUGUGGCGGAUCCAAUACAAUAUGAGACACAGACUCCACGACUGGAAAAAAUCGUUCAUUCAAAAAGAAAAGGCCCAUUCCAGACGACUAACACUGCCAGAUUUAACUUUGGCUAAGCAUGCUCGAAGGGAGUCAUUGGCUGAAUCCACACAAAAACACACAAAUCGUCCACGAAAGAUGUCUCAAUGCAACAUUUCCCAGUUCAAAAGUAUGAGAAAGAGUUCGUUUGAAAGAAAUGAAGAACUGCUAGGGGACUCAAAGAGAGUUCACAUAAUUAGGCGCCGGCAUUAA